UAUCAGUUCAUCAGACAUUAACGUUUUCGAAUGUGAGAAAGAGACAUUAUCGGAAGGUGUUUUUAUUAAUUGUACGCCAGACAUGACUAAAGUUGCUGCAAUCAAAGCACCUGGCAAAAACAUUUACAUCGCUUUACUUCACUAAUACAACAUGCGCUCAUUGUUUAUUUUGAUACAAUUUUUAUGUUCGUUUUGUUUAAGCAUGUGGGUAAUUGUGAAAUUUGAAAUCGAUGACGAUGUGGCUGCGGUUCCGAUUCUAUGGAUCAGUAAACGAAAAGGUCUAACAUUAUGUUUUUGGCCUAACAAAGAUGUUGAGAAGAAACGGCGUUGUUUAGAAAUUGGCGAUUUCAGCGAAGGGAAGAAAUAUCAGUGCAAGCUGUUGAUGAAUGGAAUUACAUUCAAGACAUUCAACAAAGCUCUUGCCAUGGAAGUGCGGGCUCAAGAUCAUUCCAGUGCUGAAACAAGCGACGAAAAAGGGAAGGGAAAACGUAAACGUGUGCCUAAAUCGUUUUCGUCGUCGGAUGAGUCAGUGAAAAAUACAAAGAAGCUAAAGAAGACAAAUCCACCGAAAGAAAAGUUACCGGAAGCAGUUUCGCCAAUGUACGAUUCAACUGACAUAUCAUCCUCCGAAGAAACUGAAGUACCAACCGAAUACUCCUUCAAGAAGUCGAAAUAUUGGCGACUUAGUGAUAAGUACAGAACAUUUGAUGUUGCGAGCAAUGGAACAACAUGUGGAAGUUCGGUGCCAACGACUUUACAAUCAGAUGCAAGUGUUUGCUCGGAAUCACCAAAUCGUUUUGGCAUUGGUCGCAAACUUACCACUCCAAACAACGUCUCCGAAGUAACCAUGGAUGUAGAUCUAAUCGAGCCAAAUACUUCACCUAAAGCCUUCGUUGGAACAACCCGCAAGCAAUGCAGUUUAUCUACCACGAACGAUUCACUUUCAACACUUCAAUCCAACAUUGUGGAAUAUCCACUUAUUGAUAGCGAAUCUGAAGUCUCAGAUAUGGGUAUUGAUGCAGAGAACACGAAAGUGUCACACCCAAGCACAGAAAUCCCACUUGUUGGUCAAAUAAUUGAUUUGUCCGAUCCGAUCAUUUUUAAUUCCCAACACAACAUGAAGCUGGCCGACGAUAUGGCAAUAAUCAAAAGAAACAACAUGGAUCUCAACGCCAAACUGGAUGUCAUUAUUUCAAGCAUUGGAGGGUUUAAGAAAGCAAUAGUUGAUUUGUCAAACAAGGUUUUCCGUUUAGAAGAAAUAGUUGCCCGAAAUGCUCAGCUCCCAAAGUUGAGUGAAGAGAUAAAGCUGCCAAUUUCUACCUCAGAAGAGUACAAGGAACAUCUUAGUACCCUUUCAGUUGAAGACACUGUUGAUAGUGUGGUGUCCUAUUUGUGUUCCUCAAACUUUGAAACUGAACUCGAAAAAUUUAUAAAGGCGACGCUCAAAGCCUUUUUUUCAAUCCAUUUUUUGUACCACUACAUUGCUUGGAGAGUUGAAGCCGAUAAACUCGCUAUCAAGGAAACAGUCUUCAUAAAGUGUAUUUUGCGGUGCAUCAUGACUCGUUUUCCCGAUUUGAAAUUGUCCAAAGCCGAUCUUGAAGCGAAAGUUCACAAAUGUGCAAACAAAAUGAAAGACUGUUACCGAAAAUCACCAGAUUUUAGACCUAAGUAA